AUGUCGAGAUCACCUCACCGCGUAUUUGCAACUUUCUGGAGAACAAUUUGGUCGAAAGGUCGGGGAGAGCCGAUUCAAGUCGUCUUUGUGGCUCGCUUUCUCUCUCUGUAUCUACAUCUCCUAUCGCUAUUCAUCUCACAUCCUUUUUCUUCGAUCCAAUCAUCCACUACAACCAUGAGUGAUGAAGGAGACAAGACUUGCCCCCUCUGUGCUGAGGAGAUGGAUUUGACUGAUCAGCAGUUGAAGCCCUGCAAGUGUGGCUAUGAGAUUUGUGUGUGGUGUUGGCAUCACAUUAUGGAUAUGGCUGAGAAGGAUGAGACUCAAGGGCGUUGUCCAGCAUGUCGUACUCCAUAUAACAAGGAAAAGAUUGUUGGAACAGCUGCGAAGUGUGAAAAGCUGGUUACAGAGUUGAAUGUGGAGAAAAAACUUAAGUUACAGAAGGGAAAGGGCAAAACCUUGGAGGGAAGGAAGCAACUUGAAAGUGUGCGUGUCAUCCAGCGGAAUCUCGUCUAUGUUGUAGGCUUGCCUUUGAAUUAUGCAGACGAGGAUAUUCUACAGCGCAAAGAUUACUUCAGUCAGUAUGGAAAGGUGCUGAAGGUGUCAAUAUCAAGAACAGCAACUGGUGCUAUACAACAGUUUGCAAAUAAUACAUGCAGUGUAUAUAUAACAUAUUCAAAGGAGGAGGAGGCAGUCCGGUGCAUUCAGUUGGUACAUGGUUUUGUUUUAGAUGGUAAACCUCUGAGGGCAUGCUUUGGGACUACAAAAUACUGUCAUGCAUGGCUGAGAAAUAUGCCUUGUAGCAAUAAAGACUGUUUAUACUUGCACGAGAUUGGCUCACAAGAGGAUAGUUUUACUAAGGAUGAAAUAAUUUCUGCAUACACAAGAGUUCAGCAAACCACUGGGUCGUCGAAUAAUACUCAAAGGCGUGUGGGGAAUGUGUUACCUCCACCAGGUGAUGAAUACUGUAAUAUUAGCUCGACGUCAGUGAAGCCUAUACCUAAAGCUGCUAUAAACACACAUAAUGUAGCAUGCAGUGCUAGAGUUUCGCCACCAAAUAGUAGCUCGGGAAGAUCUGCUGCUCUUCCAGCUGGGGCAUCAUGGGGCACUCGUCCAGCCAAUAACAGUCAGCCUUCGCCAACAAGUACGCCAUACUUCAAUGCACAAUCUAAUCAGAAACCUGACAUUUCUAGCAGUCCAGUGCCAAUCACUAAGAAAUCGUCGAGCGCGAGUCAAAUAUCUUCAUUGCAGAGUGAUACUGGAAAGAAGAAGGUUCAAAAUCAAGAAAACAGCAUACUUCGAGAAAAAACUAAGAAGGAACCUUCUGCUUCGAAAGAAAAGGAAUCAAAUGCAGAUUGUAGAAUACCUUUAUCCAAUGGUUCAGAGACAUCUGUACAUUUUAUGAAUUUGCCAUCAAGUAGACAGCCCCGCAGUCCGCCAAAAACCAACCUGUCAUUAAAUUCUUCUAAUUUAGUUGAUUCUUCUGUUUUUUCAUCUGGGCCUAUGCCAGACAACAAAUCCGUUGAUCACACAGAUGGAAACCUUGAAAAUGUUUACUCUACUAUAUUAUCAAUGAGCAUUCACGAAAAUCAAGAGGUCCAGAAUGGCUAUGUUGAGCACAAUAGAAAGCCACUGUUCCGUCAAAUAUCUGCAAAAGCUGUAGAUGCCUUGGAUGAUAGAUGCGGUGGUAAUGUCCAGUCUGAUUUUGGACCUGGAAUGCAGAGUGAAGUAACACAACUAAAAUGGCACGGCAGGGAAGAUGACGUGUUAUCUUUUGAUAACCAAAGGAUUAACGAUCCUGAGGUUGCUACUGGUAGAGUGCAAGAGUGUCCCGAUGUAUUGAAUUUAUCAAAGCAUUCUAAUACUAAUUCUGACGAGUUUAGUAAUGUUGGCUGGUCAAUUGGUAUUGGUUUCAACAGGCAGGUUGUGGAUAGAAAUGGGAAUUUGGUGGUUCCAACUCUUAAUUUUCCAAAUGCACGCCCUGAGAAUUUAAUGAGCAGUUUUGAGGGUAAUGAUGCUGGAAAUUUUAAUUUGUUUUCAAGUGAGGAGAGAAGGCCUCUGCUUGGGAGGUAUGAAGGUGAAGCAUCUAGUUCUGGUGCUGACAUGGGGGAAAGCAGCAUAAUAUCAAAUAUUUUGUCAAUGGACUUUGACCCAUGGAAUGAGUCGUUAACUUCACCUCAGAACCUGGCCAAGUUGUUGGGCGAAACUGAUAAACGAGAAGGGUCCUUUGGAGUAUCUGUUCCUUGGAAAAGUCAUAAUAGCAAUCAAUCAAGGUUUUCAUUUGCUAGAGAAGGGGAAACCCCCAAUCAUAUCUCUGGUUCUGAACAAUCUAUUGAUUGCAUUGAACAAAACUUUAGGCAGCAUCCGUUUGGCCAUGCUAUCUCCAGCAACAACAGCUUGUACCUUUCUGCAAGUCGCAAUGGUUUACCUGUUAUCGGUGGUACAGAACCAGAUAAUUUUGUCAGCAAUAAUUCUCAUACCUCUUCUAACAAGCUAUCCGCUUCAAGGUCUCAUAUAUCCGCCCCACCAGGAUUCUCUGUGCCCGGUAGAGCAGCGCCACCUCCAGGCUUUGCUUCUCGUGGAAGAACAGAACCGAUUUUUGAGCCUCUUUCUGGAAAUCAUAUGCAUGAUGCAUCCUCCUCUUUACUAAGAAACCAGUAUCAGACACUCCCUAAUAGUAAUUCUUUUAGCAAUGGUGAUAUAGAGUUCAUGGAUCCUGCAAUUUUGGCUGUUGGCAAAGGGACACUUCCAGGUGGCAUCAACAAAGAAAUGAUGUCUAAUUUUCCUCCGCAAUUAAAUACAUAUGAAGAUGUUAGAUUACAGUCUCUUUUACAGAGAUCUCUCCUCCCACAUCAGAAUCAAAGAUUUACUAAUGAUUUGGGGGAGAGUUUUUCUACCCUUGUCGAUGCUUAUGGACUUCCUUCUAGGAUAGCAGAUCAACCUCUAUCAAGUAAUCUGCCCACAUUUUCUCAGUUUAACCUGCCUCAUCCUAGGAAUGGAAUAAAUCCUAGUGGGAAUAAUUCGGGUAUGGCUGAACUGCUCAAAACCGAGCGGUUAGGAUUGAAUAAGUUGUAUGGUGGUUACGAAGAUCAAAGUUCAGGCAAUCUAUACAACAGGCCAUAUGGGAUUUAA